UUCAAGCCACGAUAUAAUAUAUAUCUAUCCAUCACUUUCACCUGAUUUUUCCUCACUAGGGCUGUAAAUGUCUCACUCUCCAGAGCUCCAACGUUCAAGCUCCAUGGAUGGACUCGUAUCCUUGAGAGGUUUAAAUCCGGAUGCACCGGUGUUCAUGCCGAAUCUUUAUCCGCAGUUUACGCUUUAUCCAAUUUUUCCCACUCCUCGUCACUACUAUCUAUCACAUCUAACCUCACAUUUCUGCUACCACAACCCUUAUAUUCAAAGUUUUUCAUGGCCAGCUCUCUAUACUGACACCUACUUCCAAAGCAAGGGUUUUCCACCUCAACCGGAGAACAUGCCGGCAGUUGAAGCAACGACGCCUUCAGUGACUGCGCCUUCGGAACAGACCAAUAAAAUGCACCGUGUUUCCAGUGUAGAUCAAAGAGCAGCUGUUCAAAAGGUUAAUCUGGGGAAGUAUGGGACGCCAUCCUGUCGGGGGCGAGGUGGUGCUUGUGUUAGGCAGGCUUGGUCGACGAAGUGUGGUAACGGUGGGAAUAUUGGUCGUAGAAAUUCGGGGAACUUAAACGGCUAUACUCGAAAGGCGGACUCUCUGAAUACUCGGGGUCGGUCCUGUGCCCGGGAUGAGAAGAAAAAGUCUUCUCCGGUGCUGCCUGUGCAUUGUGGUGUAGGAAAAACCACCAUUAUGAUAAGAAAUAUACCAAGCAAAUACACACGUAAGAUGUUGGUGGAAUUCCUGGACGAGCAUUGCAAGUUGGAGAAUGAAAAAGUGGAGACUGAAGAACAAAUCGUGUCCGCUUUUAAUUUCGUAUAUUUGCCUAUAGACUUCAGCACUGGGUGUAACAAAGGAUACGCAUUCGUUAACUUCACCGACCCUCGCGCCGUGUGGAAGUUUUACCUUGCGGCUAACAACCAGUCAUGGGAGCUUUUUCAUUCAAACAAGAUACGCCAGAUAGCCUUCGCAAGACUCCAGGGAGAGGAACUGGUGAGGCACUUUGAGAGUAUGGGAUUUCCGUGUGAAUCGGACGAAGUCUUGCCUGUGUCCUUUAGCCCUCCUCGCGAUGGCUCGAGGGAUUUCGGGAAACAAAGUAUAGUGGGGAGAUGUAUCCGCACGGGACCUCGUGGACACAGGCACGAGAGGGUUCGCUGAGCACAGACACAGGCUUGCACAAUGAAAUCUUAGCCGUUGGACCUGGUGGCUCUGAUGAUUGAUGAGACAAGUUUCUUGUCAAUUUCUUCAUCAUCAUCAUGCUUUGGCUUUUUUUCUUCAGCUCUUAGUUUGGUUUAAAUUCCUUCUAUUUUAGUUGGGGUUGUAAUUUCUAGACGCUUAGGAAUGGUUUGCAUAGCUAGUGUACGUACGUAACGUAACUGUGUUGCUUGGCGCUUAGUUAAUGCCAGUGACGAGGGUGGAGCUUGGCACCUGAACCUAAAGGGUCCGUGGGAAGGAAUACGUGGUGGGCUCCACCCUCGAGAUGUAUUGUUGUGAAUUGUCAAUGGUUCAUAACAAGGACUGAGAUGUUGUACUUCUC